AUGAAAUUAUUUAUCAAAUUGUCAGCGGGCAACACAAAAAACUGUCACUUGUAGUGUUGCCAUUAAAUUUUUUUCUGUUUUUGUGACGCAUGACCAGGUGCACAACUAACAGCUGAUUUUAUUUAUUAUCAAAAGAAGUAAUAUUGACAUAUGCACUGCUCGGUGUGUAUGCACGCUCACUAAUUGCGAAAUAAUAAUAAUAAUAAUAUUAUUAAUAAAAUAUCGAAAGUGUUUAACGUAAAAUGCUACAAAUUGUUAAUAAAUUAUCUAAAAGUUAUGGUAUUAAUAUUGUAAGGAAUUUAUGCACUAUAAAUGUAGUGCGAAACUCAGCGGCACAAGCGGAACCAUUAACCGCAGCGGAGGAAUUUCGUAGAAAGCAAGUCAAAUUUAAUAUAAAAGCGGAUCAUGCGGAGGGCAGACCAUUGUACCUGGAUGCACAAGCCACAACGCCUUUGGACCCUAGAGUCUUGGAUGCUAUGUUACCGUAUUUAACAAACUUUUAUGGUAACCCACAUUCUAGGACUCAUGCAUAUGGUUGGGAAACCGAAAAGGCUGUGGAGAAAGCACGUGAGCAAAUAGCAAUUCUAAUUGGCGCUGAUCCAAAAGAAAUUGUUUUUACAUCCGGUGCAACUGAAUCAAAUAAUAUUGCUGUAAAAGGCGUAGCAAGAUUUUAUGCCAGCAGAAAGAAGCACGUUAUAACAACACAGACUGAGCACAAAUGUGUUUUGGAUUCAUGCCGUGCAUUGGAGAGUGAAGGAUUUCGUGUUACCUAUUUACCAGUGCAAACAAAUGGAAUUAUCGACUUGAAGAUAUUAGAAGAGGCAAUGACACCCGAAACCUCCUUGGUAUCAAUUAUGACAGUCAACAAUGAAAUUGGCGUCAAGCAGCCAGUUGCAGAAAUUGGCGCUUUAUGUCGUGCUAAAAAAGUAUUCUUUCAUACUGACGCUGCCCAAGCAGUUGGUAAAAUUCCAAUUGAUAUAAAUGCUAUGAAUGUAGAUUUAAUGUCAAUAUCUGGACAUAAGAUAUAUGGUCCAAAAGGUGUUGGUGCUUUGUAUGUGCGUCGCAGACCACGAGUACGCGUUGAGCCCAUACAAAGUGGUGGUGGACAAGAACGUGGUCUACGUAGUGGUACUGUACCUGCACCACUUGCUGUUGGUUUAGGUGCUGCAGCUGAAUUGGCAAUGAAUGAAUUGGAAUAUGAUAAGAAAUGGAUUGAUUUUCUAUCUAAUCAUUUAAUCGAACGCAUCACAACCGCUUUACCACACGUUAUACGUAAUGGUGAUCCCACACAGACUUAUAGUGGUUGCGUUAAUCUUUCAUUUGCUUAUGUGGAAGGCGAAUCAUUAUUGAUGGCAUUGAAGGAUGUAGCUUUGUCUAGUGGAUCUGCUUGUACCUCAGCAUCAUUGGAACCUUCAUAUGUGUUACGUGCAAUUGGCACUGAUGAGGAUCUAGCACAUAGUUCUAUUAGAUUUGGCAUUGGGCGCUUUACUACUUUGGAAGAGGUCAAUUACACAGCUGACAAAUGUAUUAAACAUGUGGAACGUUUGCGUGAAAUGUCACCACUCUGGGAGAUGGUGCAAGAAGGGGUCGAUUUGAAAAAUAUACAAUGGUCGCAACACUAAAAUCCUUCAAAUUAUAAACAUUUUCUGUUAUAGUUUUUUUGAAGUUUUUGGGUUGAAUACUCAUAUCACAAGUGCGUGUUAAAUUUAUUCCUUUUAUAUAUACUUUGUUUUUAUUACACAAAUGCUGUGGUUUAUUAUUUAAAUGGAAAAGAGAGAACGAGUAUAAUUGCUAUAAAAACUUAUUUUUAUAAUUCACAUAUUUGUAUAUGAA